AUGACAACUAGGUCACCUGCUAUUACUUUCAAAGUUGGUCCCCCUGUUGGUGCCUGGAGGUCAAAGAGAGUCAAUCCUACCAUCACUUUGCCCACCAAAGCCCAACCUUCAUGUGGUGCAAAGGCCCAUCACCGGGUAGUCAAAUGGAUGGUGAGGAGUGCCUGUUGCAAUUCUUUGCAAGGGUUGACAGAGCAAGAAUGCAAGGAUCAGUACCUUGACUCCUUCCAGAUGAGACAGGUUACACUCCAGAAUGGUAUGAAGCUUGACCAUGCUGUUGCCCUUGAGCAGCUACAAUUGGGCAUCAUUUCUAUGGAAGAUAUAGUUGCUGAGCAGGGUCACAAAAAGUCUGUUACCCCCAAUGACAGUGAAGAGGAUGAACAAGCUGUUGAGAGUAUGGUGAAAGCUGAAGGUGAUCUGGUCUCAGAGAACCUGGUGAAUCAUGAUGGUCACCAAGCUGUUGAAAAUAUGAUGGACUCCAUUCAUCAUGGUGAUGUUGAGCAUGAAAGUGCAUCAGACAGUGAUUG